UUACGCGACUAGGUUUACAGGAUGCUGUCUCUCUACAUGGGACGCUCGUGUACGCAGCACUUUAACUUUCUGUUGUAGUUUUACCCACUGCAAAAGCCUGAAUCUCAUUUCCCUGCGAGUGCUACCGGACCGGAUAACUCCAACUGAACAUGGUUUCGUUUUAGGGGCGCGUGUAGAAAGAGUAUACUUUAUGUGACGUUCACGGCUCAGAUGGACAUCCAGGCUGUCAACUCUCGUACAUGACUGGUGGGUACACGCAGCAUUCUCACCUAUAGGCCGGUAUUCAGGUGAAAGAGUUUGUGUAAUUUAGCCCCCCGUAAAUUACUUUUGAAGGUAGAUCAUUUGGUUACCCUGUUGUCUGGAGAAACAGGCUGUCCCAUGCGCGCGCCUUGCGCCCCACGCUGCACUCUGCCCCGAGGACAGUGCCCUAGGCUCGGGGGUUAGAUGGUACUGAUCACGGACGACAGGGAUGGAGGAGGCUCUUCGUCGGUACGGCUCAAGCACCUCCAGCGGCAGCAGAAGGUCGGGGAAACAUCAACCCAGGUUCACCCGACCAUAGUGGAGGAGCCGUGGUCACACUGUGAUGACGAGGACUACCUGGGCUCGUGCGAGGAGGAUGAUGAAGAGGAGGAAAACGAUGAAGAUGAGUUCGAAGAAGUUGAUUUUGAGGACUUUGAUAACUUGGAGGACUGUCGGAGUAUCGCGUCGGACGACUCCUUCUACCCGCCGGAUGAUGUGUUCGCGGACUCGGAAAGCACCCCCUCUCCGGAAAGCCCCGAGCCGCUGUCUUUCUUCCAGGCGUGCUGCACCAAACACGCUGCUAUCGUCCGGAUAAUGAUAAGGCACGGGGUGAAGGAGGAGGUCAAUGAGAAGGACAGGAAUAACAGAACAGGGCUGCUGGUUGCGUGUUACCAAGGUUACGUGGACGUCGUCAUAGCGCUGUCUCAGUGUCCGCACCUGGACGUCAACUGGCAGGACAACGAGGGAAACACGGCUCUCAUCACUGCCGCUCAAGCAGGCCACAUAACCAUCACCAACUAUCUGCUGAACUACUUCUCUGGCUUGGACAUCGAGAGGAGGAACUGCCACGGCUUCACGGCCCUGAUGAAAGCUGCCAUGCAGGGCAGGCUGGAGUGUGUGCGCUCGCUCAUGAUGGCAGGAUCUGCCCUGAAUGCCAGAGACUUCGGUCGCCACUUCAAUGCCAGGGAGUGGGCCUUCUUUACGGGUCGCUAUGAAACCGCCUGGGUGAUAACGCGCCUGAUGGAGCGGCCCUGCCCGCGCCAGUACUGUGAGAACUACAGUCUGGAGUGGCCCCCUCUGGCCUCGCUGGUGUCCAGGGCCCAGGAGCCCCGCGGCUGUCUGAAGCGCCUGUCGGACACGGUGCGGAGCAUCUUCCACUUUGCCAACGUCAGCGAGCCUGAGGAGGAAGGAGUCAUCGACCACAUGGUUUCUAUCACCACUGCCAUGAGGAGCCCUUUUAUUGCUGUGGCAUGCCACACCGUGUGUCCUGACAGCCCCCCCGCUGUGGGCAAACGACGCUACUCAGUUCCUGAGAUCAUCCGCCAGCAGCGCGCCAAGGAGCUCCGCUCCAUCAACCCCGACCGGGUGGAGAGCCACCUCAAACUCUUCCAGAACUCCAGGGUCACUCUGGUGGCCAAACACUCUGUGGACCGCCGGGCCAGCCUCCAGGCCCAGAGCCUGAUGACUCGGCACCGGAGCUCCAGCCUGACGCUGGGAGUGAACAACGAGGCUCUGGAGCUGCGGAGGACCAGCCUGCUGCCGCUGCACAUGGUGCUGAGGAGGAGCAGCGUCAGGCCGGGGUUCAGCGUCCCCAAAGUGAGGGUCACCAAGGCCCCCACGCCUACUUAUGAACCAGAAAAGAUCCGGAGGAAGAGCAGCGCCAAAGAUGGAGGGGGGCACCUGCUGCAAAUACCAAAGUGGCGGUACAAGGAGCUGAAAGAGGAAAGAAAGAGAGCCGAGGAGGCGGAGAGGAGGCGGCUGGAGGCGGUGACCAAGAGACACCUGGCUGCUGGGAAAAGGAAAUAAUAUAUUUACUCUGGAAGAAGCCAUUUACACUACGCCCAAAUCAGACAAAGUCUAGCCAGACUUGCAAGUGUUUUGGCUUUAAUGUUUGUUUUCUAGAAUAUAUGAAUUGCCAGCAGUGUUCCUAACAUGAGGCAGAAGACUGAAUGCUUCUGUGAGUUUGGCCUCGUGCAAAUAGCAGCUUUACAGCUUUAGACAUGCACAAUGGCCAGUGUCCUUUAUGAUGUCAAACAGUGAAUACCCAGGGGAUUUGAUACUUGAAAUGCUUUUGGUUAACUUAUUUUUCAUAUUUAUUGCUUUGGUCUAUGUUUUGAUACACUCUGAGUGCUUGAUGCAGUGUUUUUGUACUGUGUUACACUGUAGUAGACACUUCUUUCAGAAUGUGUUUAUCUUUAUAUCGAAAAAUUGGAAGAGAUUUAUUAAAGAUGUUCUGGGAUAAUGUCUUAAAUAUUAAGAGUACUAAUGGGUGCGUCAUAUUGACUGAAAAGAUAAACACAAGCUUAUUUAAAUUCGAAUGGCAGCAAUAUUUGUAGAUGCUUUUUGUUAUGCUUUAUAAUGAAAACCCAUGAAUGUAUUACGCAAAUUUUAUAUUAGAGAUUUUAACGCUUUUCAAUGAAAAACUUUUUUUAUUUCACAUACAGAUAUAUGAAAAUGUUUUUUAGUCUUAAGAUUCAGGACUGACAUGUGGAGCACUAUUGUGAUGUAACACUCACAUCUUACCAUGUGGGAAGGAGUGAACGUUUUUCUACGUGUUUACAUUAUAUACCACAUUCAUCAGGGUGAAUGUGACUCUAAGAUGGACACUGGUUUAGGUACGAAGGAUGGCAACGAAAUAAACUGCUAACUGUG